UUAAAAAUGACAGAGGCAGAGAACGCGGUGAAUGAAGCUGGAAGCUUUGAGCACAUAAAAAUGGAUGUGUCAAAAAGGAUAGUCAGACACCUGGAACCAGCGAGACCACUGCGCCGUUUUCGCUUGAAUCAAGUUUCUCAAAGCUAUGCUGAGAUUAGACCAAUAGAAAAGCCCGAUAACAUUAUUACAGUAGAGAAUUUCUAUGAAAUCCUGCACCUUAACAGCAGCGAGACCCAACAAAAGAAGAAAGUUGAAAGAAUUUGCUACACUCGGGAUUUCCUAAUUAAGAUGGCAAACAGUCCAAUGUCUAAGAAGAAACCUGAGUUUUUACCAGAUCAUCCAGUCGUUUUGGAGAAUAGAAGACCCAGUGACCUGCCCAGAUACUUCUCCACCAUUUACAACAACAAAUACUUGUCUGACUAAAUUGGAAAAAUUGUAUUGUUUUGUUUUGUGUUCUUCUUAAAUUGCUCUAAAACGGUGACCAAAGUGGGAAGUCUUCAAAAUCAUUUGAGUUCACAAGUUAAAGUUAUAAAUGCUAUAAAAAUGCCUUAAGCUUCACAAUAAAAAUGUAGGUUUUGUAAAGACAAACAUUAUUUUAAAAAUGAAAAAGUCCUUUUCUCAAUUUCUGAACAUAGUUUGUUUUCUACAUACAGUUGGAAUUUCACUUAUUGUUUCUAACCAUCUGACAGGUUUGAUGUCAUACUCAGGCUUUUGAACCUUGCUAAAUAUUGUAUAUGUUGUGUUAAUACACUGCUUUAUUGAUCUGAUGUGUUAAAGUUCAGGUUAUAGCUUGAAGUGGGCUUGGAGUGUUAAAGACUGAAGUGAUGUGCACCUUAAACUACUGACCUAUUUUUAACAAGUUCAUAUGUCUGUGUAAGACUUCGAGAAUCACUCUGGAAUAUUUUCUCUUUGGACUAGAUAUUAUAAGACCGAAUGCAGUUGGCAAGCAAAAUGGAACUGUCACUUUGACCGUUAUUAAACCUGUUGAUCUGUAACAAAAAGAUUUUGUUAAAGGAACUCUCCACUUUUUUUUUUUAAUUGGCUGAUAUGGUAUGGUUAAACAGUUGAGUUUUACUAUUUUUGAAUCCAUUCAGCCGAUCUCCAGGCACUUUUAGAUUAGCACAAAUAGUUGAAUUAGUUCAACCCGUUAGCGUCUUGUCAAAAAUUUGAUCAUUUUUCUAUUAUAAAGCUUGACUCUUCUGUAAUUACGUUGUGCACUAAGACUGACAGUUGCUAUUCCUUAAGCCGAUAUGACUACGAACUUGUUCAGGUGUAAUAAUCAAGGAACUUUGCUGCCACACCAUGACUGCAGUAGGUGCAAUAUUACGCAGCAACUGAAAAUAGCCACCAGCCAUAUCGACCUAGAAAAUAGCUACUUUUCUUUUUCUACCAGAAACUACAUAGUCAAGUUUUAAAUAUGACAAUUAUUUUUUAUACAUUUUUAAGCAAGAUGCUAAUGGUCUAAUCCAAUUCAAUGAUCUAUGCUAAGCUAGGCUAAAUGUUUUUUUUUCCGCUAUAUUGGUUGAAUGGAUUAAAAAAUGGUUACACUCAACUGUCUUAACUUCAGGGGAGUUGUAAUAUUUAGCCUUUUUUUACGUGCAGUGUUCCUGUAAAGUUACGCGAGUUAUUUUCCAUUUUGCUAGCACAACACCUAAAAUACAUUUGUCUUCUUGAUAUGAGUGUGUGUGAAAUGUAAUUCAGUGUUGUGGAUUGGAGUGCGGAAGUAUUUGUAACAGCACUGUAGCUUUUCAGUAGUAUUAGAGAUUACUUUAAAAAGGUUUGAUUAUAGACUCUGGAUCUUGUGCAAGGAUCCUCCUCAACCAUUUGCACAUUUGGGCAAAGGCAAUAUUUAUAUCACAGUGUGGUGUAGUAGCUCUUUGAAUUUAUUCCACUCAGUAAAGAAUUGUCUUUUA